UCUGGUACUUUUUCUGUAGACUGUCUCCUCCUGCAUGUGUUUUAAUAACAGUGUUUACAGACCUGCUGUCUCUUCUGCUUACUCAGUUCACUUCCUCAAACUUGAGUUUAGUCGGCACGGUUCAUUUCGGGGUAGAUCGGGUGCUGAAUCCGUGCUGGUGUCUCUGGAGAGACGUUUAUUGAGAAGCAGUGGUAGAGCUCCGGAUCUCCUGAUGGAUUUACACGCUGUGAGCUGCUUUCUGAUUCUGCUGACAUGCACAGGAGUAUGUUUUGGCCAAGAGGUGAUAUUACCUGAGGGAAUAAAAAUAGAGACUGGGCAGGAUGUGGAGAUUACCCCACUCAGAAUUCCUGAUCCCACACCGUUUACUCUCAAAUGGUUAUUUAGUGGGAGCUUGAUUAUUAGUGUAUUUCCUGGUGGAAAUAUAACAACAUCAGGAUACAUUGGCAGAGUCAGUGUGAACACCAUCACUUUAGCUCUGAAGCUCAGAAACCUGACUGAGAGUGAUACUGGACAAUACACUCUGAGUGUAGACACUGAUAAAGGGAUUAUCGCUGGUCAUACAUCACUGCAGGUGUUGGUGCCAGCCUCCAAUGUUGCCAUAAUACCAAGUAACACAGAGCUGGUCGAGUUCAACAGCACAGUGAGUCUCGUCUGUUCUGCGUCUGGCUCGUCUCUUUCAUUUAUUUGGCUAAAUGGCAGUUUUGAGGUAACAGCAGGGGAGCGAGUUCAGCUAACAAACAGCAACAGCAAUCUGACCAUUACCAGUGUGAUGAGAGGUGAUACAGGUCCAUACCAGUGUGAAACAUCCAACAGUAUCAGCAAUACAAAGAGUCCUCCAUUAAGCCUCACAGUUUACUAUGGUCCAGAAAAUGUCAGAGUUGUAGCAGCUCCAGUGGGACCUUCCUACAGCUCUGGGUCAAACCUCAUAUUGACCUGUUCAGCUGAUUCCAGUCCUGCUGCUCAGUUUCAGUGGGCUGUGAAUGCAACAGAUCUUGGUGAACUGGGCCAAGAGCUCAAAUUGAGCAAAACUGAGAGCAGUCAUAGCGGCAAUUACACCUGCAUGGCCCAUAACAAACAGAACCUGAGAAAUUCCACAUCUGAACCCAUCAGCAUCACUGUACUAGGUGGGUUAUAA